CUGUUCAACGCAGCAGUAUAUCGCAAGUCGAAAUAUAUCUAUUACGUUCUAUUACGUUCUUACACGUACUUCAAAAAUCUAACAUGAAGACUGCGAUGAUUAUUAUAAGUGUGCUGACUAUUACGGCGAUGGCGUACGGUUUCAACGUCGAAAGGGUACGACAAGUCAACGAGAACUUCUUGAAGUGCAGCAGUGAAUUGGGCCAGUCGGCGGAUAACCCCACUGUCGAAGUGUUCCAAUGCGCCAUAGUCAAGGGUGGCAGGGUUUUGGACGCGAAUGGUUUGUACAAAAAAGAGGACACCUUAAAGAUAUUUGAAGAUAUUAUCUCUGACACGAGCAAACUUGAACAGGCGCGAAAUGUGUUCACUAAGUGCUACGAUGAAGCGAUUCAAAACGGUAGUACUGGUGAUGAACAGACGAUAAAAAUUACCACGUGCAGUCUGCCAAUUAUUCCCCUCUUCGACAAACCAAAUUAAAAAUGAAUAAUAAAUAUUAUUCUAAAAUCAUUGUACUAAACAAUUUCUUUAUAUUAUUUUGCUAUCAUAUUCUCUGAUCUCUGACCUUAUCUAUACAUUACAUAAUUAUUCUCUGUUGAAUUUUAUGUUUGUAACAAUGAUUGAAUAAAAUGACGUUAAUUUACAAAACAUUUAA